AUGGCCACCGAUCAGCAGAACGCAAAGAUUACACUCUACUGGCUUGACAAGUCCCGCUCCCAUCGUGUGCUCUGGCUGCUCGAAGAGCUGAAACUCGACUAUGAACUCAAGGUCUUCAAGCGGACGAAGGACAAGCUCGCGCCGCCCGAGUUGAAGGAGGUGCAUCCUCUCGGCAAGUCUCCAGUGGUGGGCAUUCAGGCUCCUGGCGCCGACAAACCGAUCAUGCUUGCCGAGUCGGGCGCCAUCACCGAGUACCUCACCGAGUACUUUGGCAAAUGGCUGAUCCCAACGCGCUAUGUCGAAGGCAAAGAGGGCCAGAUUGGCGGUGAAACCGAGGCCUGGAUUCGGUACCGCUUCCUGAUGCACUAUGCCGAGGGCAGCAUCAUGCCACUGAUGGUGUUUUCGCUGCUCAUCUACAUGAUCAAGACGGCGCCUGUUCCCUUUUUCAUCAGGCCAAUCUCUAAUGCCAUCGCGGGGAAGGUCGAAGGCGGCUUUCUGAAGCCAAACUUUAAGACGCACCUUACUUUCUUGGAGGAACAGCUUGCCACCUCCGGAGGGGAUUACCUCUGUGGCAAAGAAAUCACUGCUGCUGACAUCCUCAUGAGCUAUCCAUUGGAGGCGGCAACGCUUCGCGCGGGUCUGACCAAGGACAAGUAUCCCAAGCUCGCGGCCUAUCUGGACCUUCUGCAUGAGAGGGAAGCGUUCAAGAAGGCGAAUGCGAAGAUCAAGGAAGUAACGGGGCAAGAGUACGACCCAAACAUCUUCAAUGCGUAA